AUGCCGGCAGUGGCGGCUGGUAUUGAGGCCCAGCUGGAAAAUGUCAUUAACCAGGAGGGUAUUAUCGCGACGGGGUCCGGGGCGGCGACUGACGCGUACAACGCGGCACAGGAGCAUCACGGCGACGUGUUUGCGGACAGCGAUGAUGGCGAUGGCGAUGGCAAUGGCGAUACCACUGAGGCUUCGUCGUCUUCUUCCUCUAGGUCGGACGGUCGUUCAUUAACAACUUGA